UGAGCUCAGGUGAUCUUCCCAGCUUGGCCUCCCAGAGUGCUAGGAUUACAGGCCUGAGCCACCGCACCCAACUCUUUUAGUUCUUAAAGCUCCUAUUUGAUGUAUUUUUCCUUUCUGUCUAGAAGAUCAAUAUGACAUUUGAUGUUUUAAAAAAUUUAAGUGUGUGUUCUGCUGCUGUUCCUCUGUGACUUUUCAGAAGUAAUUGUUAAGUGCUUCAGUAACUAUAUUAGCUCUUCCCUGGAACACUUUAGGAUACAUGCUGUCCAACCUGCUGAUUUGUGUUUUUCCCCAAAUUGCUACCUAUUCCCUUAACUGCUUUCUGUCAUAGAUGCUUCUGUGAGAUCUUAAUUACUUCCUAAUUGUCCACAUUUCUUCUCUCUUUUUUUUUUUUUCUUCCUUUUCUGGCAAAAGACAGAUUAUCAAAGAUGAGUUCAGGAUCUUUGCCACCUUCAAGUCAUCAUUAAUUUGCUUUCUCCCUCAUUAUGAAGGCAGGAAUGUGCUCUGGUUUGCUGUCUGAUUUCCCACCUGGAUUCCUUCUACAGUCUCUUGAUAAUCUCAGCUUCUCUGUAAUCACAUUUCUCCUUCAAAAGAAGCCUUUCUGCACAGAUGCUCCUGGCAUCAUGAGAGCGCCUUUCACAGGGCUGCAUCCCUUAGCUUGUCCUGAAAGUUCUUCUCUGCAACGGAUAAUCGCUUACUGGUGUCUUUUAAAUGCAAGGCACCACGUGAGGUACCAGGGGUGCCGAAACAAAGAUAACCCUUUCCUUGGUUUGAGCAGCACACAUAAACAGGUGCUCAAACUGAAAGUAAUAAAAUGUUAAAAAUCAUAUUAGCAGCUAAGGGAGCACAAGCAAGACUCACGGAGUUUGAGCAGGUGGGCACCACAAAAAGCUAUAGAAAUGAUGUUGUAACCCAUUUCUUUAUAAGCCAUCCGAUGGAAUAACCAACUCUUAACUUUUCAGUAUGUGUAUACAAUUAGAUACAUUUUAAAUGCAUGACUCUUACAUCACACCCAAUGAUUAUGAAUAUGUUCUUCACUAACAAUAAUGAUAAUGAUCCCAAUGACAGCAAUGACAAUAUAUAUAUCACCUUGCCCCACACUCAUUUCAGGGUGGCAGAUCAGGGAGUACCAUCACUCCCAGAAUAGAAAUGGGGAAACUGAGUCUCGGAGAAGUUCAGUUUUCGAAUCAUGAGAAUCAAUUGGAAAUAUUCUGGUUCUAAAUACAAAUUUUUGCUUUAUCCCUCUUUGUUCCAAUGUGCUUACAAACAAGAACCUGCUUGAUGACUUUGCAGAGGAUUCCUCCACAUAGCCAACACCAGUCAGGGGUUAGCAGGGAAGAAGUGGUGAAUUGCAAAACCUGAGGAUUUGGAGCACAUAUUAGCCAGAACAUAUUUUAAAAAAUUAUUUAUGCAUUAAUGAUAGAUAUGAUUAAUUCACUACCAUAUAUUUAGCACUUACGAUGGGCUGAGCAUUGUGCUGUAGUUUUGUGUGUAUCAUCUCAUUUGAUUCAUGCAGCCUUUUGAAGUAGGUUCUAUUAUUCUUUCCAGUUUAUAGAUAAACAAACUGAGGCUCAGUGAGAUGAAGUGAGUUGCCUAAAUACACAUAACUAAUAAGUAGCAUCACUAGGAUUUGAACCCUUCAAAUUCAGGAUCUUAGCUUGUGACUAUGGAAACACCCCCCCAACUCCCAAGUGGCCCAUUGGGAUGGGAUCCAGGUUUGCAGAUCUAGCUGUCACCCUGGAAGCUUUGCUAAGACUUGCUAUCUAGUACUAGUGUUUGACUGAUCAGCAACUCAGGCUCUCCCCUUCCCUCCUGGCCCUCUGGGGGAAGAGUCAACGAGCCAUUAAAUGACCAAGGGGCAUCUGAAAGAGAGUGAAAGAGCCAGGCACAUGGCUAAUCCACCAAGGACAUAAUCAGCUGUAGUCAUUGCAUUGACUGGAUGUUAAUGUGCCCACACUGGCCCUGGGGACUGCAGUCUGGCCUCUUGCAGCUUCUGGAUUUAGGAUGCUCAACAAAACACUGGAGAUAUCAGUAGCUACUUUGCCAAGUAGCAUUAGGGAUUCCCUGAUAACCUUACUCAGCCAAGACCAGCCUGCCACCUUUUGCAAGUGAGAGAAGGGAAGCUCUUUUUAGAUGAAUGGCCCUAUGGGAAUGCAAGGCUUUGAGAAAGAUGUGCAAAGGCAGCCAAAGACCCCUGUCUGGGCACAAGAGACCUAUUGCUGGCUCUCUGAGUGAGCUUGGGUGAAAGGGGGGGGGGAGGUUCUUCUCUCUCAGCCUCAGUGUGCUCGUCUAUAGAAUAAGAAAAUUAUGCUGGGUGACUCUGUAGGGGCCUCCUAAAUUUUGCAUGCUAAAUCCACUGGUGAUCCAUCAGUGCUUUUGGCAUCUUGCAAUAAUAACAUUUUAUGAGAUGCCCAUCUUCCAGACACUAAGUGCUUCAGGUAUUAUCUCAUUAAUCCUCACAACAACCCUAGAAGAUGGGGCACACCUGCUAUCCUGACUUUACAGAUCAAGAAACUGAGGCACAAGGAGGUUCUGAGAUUUGCUCAAGGUCAUACUGCUAUGACGGCUGAAGCUGGGAUUCACGUUCACAAUAUCCAGCUCCUGAGGUUCACAUUUUUAACUGCCUUGGAAACAUUCCUUGGAAACAUUGCUCCCCAACUGGCUGUCGGCAGGUGAGAGGACACUUUUACAGGAAUAGCACUAAGGGAAUUUAAGGCAUUGCUAUUUUUGUUCAAGUUUUGCUUGGAUGAGGGAGGCAAGGCAGCGAGUGAUGUUAUCAUAUUAAAAUAUAUAUAGGCCUUUUUAGUUUGUAUGUGGGGAUAAGCUUGACUUGGAGUGGAAAAUUCCAUUGUGUGUGCAGGACAUCCCCCCUGGGGUUAGUCUGGGCUCCCCUCAGGUUCACUGGGGGAAUUUGAUCAUGUAAAAUGUAGGAGUUUGGUCUACAGGAGUUAAAGAGACCUGGGUUCAAAUCCUGCACACUUAUUAGCCGUCUGAUGUUAACCAAAUGACUUGAUGACCCCAAUCCAGUUUCUCACGUAUAAAAUAGGAACUGUAAUAGUACCUACUUUAAAAGGUUUUUGUGAGUAUGAAAUAACUUAAUAUUAGUAGAGUGCUCUCUAACCUGUAAGCUGUUCUUGUUUUGAUUAAAGAUGGCUGGAAUGUAAAUAACCUUUUAGGGUCAGCUAUUUCUUUUCCUGAGUCUUCUCUCUCCCAGUCCCCCCCAACCUGGGGACUCCACCACAGCUCAGGGACCCCCUGCCUUUGGUGUUCACCGAGGCAUUGCUGGGCCAGGGAGAAAGAAUGUGAUUGAUUUGCUUUGCAUUGACUGCGCACGAUGAAAAGUUGUUUUAUUUUUUUUCCCCUUUCCUUCUUUAGUCUUGGGAAUUAUAUUUUUCUUAGAGUGUUGUUAAUGGAAAGCACUGAACCAAAUUCCCUCAAAUUGAAUUUGGCUGCCUGAGUUGUCAGUUCUCCAUCUACCACCCUCUUCACCCUCAGCUACCCGCAAGUAGGAGCCUCCAUAUGUAUACUCACAGUCGUCGGAAGCUUGGGCUUCCACGCUGGGCUGGUAGAAGGGUGGGAUGUCGAGGCAGGUGGACGAUAUACCUGGACUUAGCUCCUGCUCAUCACUUGUCAACUUACAUGCCAUGACAUUGCAGAUGUGCUUGUUUUUGUUGCUUUAGGGGGCACGAUCAGAUGUGGAUGGCCAAUAAGAGCAGAAGCCAGGAGGAUAAGGAUGGGGCCCUGGUUAUAGUGUUUAACAGCUGCAUGCCCUUGGGGAAGUCACUUCUCUUGUUAGCACCUCUGCAGCCCUGUUUGUUAACAGGGAAAAUGCCAAGUAAUCUUCUUGCCUCAGAAGAGAUAAGCGAAUUCAUUUGCUUAUUUGUUGGUUCAUUUAUUCUUUUAGCAAAUGGUACUAUGCUCAGUAGUGAGAUUAAAACUCUGAACAGGAUGUAUUUCCUGCCUUCAAAGAACGAUUAGGCUAAAGGGAUAACAGAUAAUAGAUGGUAAACACAUAAUUUUAAGUUCCACAUGAAUGUCAUAGUUACAGCAAAAAUGGCCUGGGCCUUGGGGUCAGGCAGGCAGGAGCUACGUGAUCUUAGGUAGGUUAUUUGAUCUCUAGGAGCCUCAGUUUUCUGCCAUAUAUAAUAGAACGGGUGUUAUAACCUCCUAGCAGGGUUAUUGUAAAGAUUAGAAAUGCUGUGUUUACUGUUUGCCGAAACAGUGCCUGGCCUCUAAAAAGCACACGAUAAAUAGUAGCUAUUAUUAUUAAUAAUGAUAAUAUUAAUAAUGGAUGAGAAAGUGCUUUCUAAGCUACAAAACCCUACACAAAUACAAUGAAUCAUUAUAAUCCCGUUACACAGAGACUUAUUUCCCAAGAGGUUCCAAGAACAAUCAGGAUCACUAGUGCCUGGAAAAAUAAAAUAAUAUUAUUAACAACAAGUAGAAGGACUUUCCUGUUUGAAUGGUACUCUUUCCAGUAUUAACAAAUAGCCAUGGCAGGGAAAAACACUUAGAGAAUUUAUUAAUCCAGGCUGGCAAGUAUUAUCUUGGGUUUGUUGUAAGAUUUUCUAUCUUCAUUAACAACACUUUAGUUUCCUUUGAGUAAAUGAUAAUUUAUAUAAAUUUGCCCCAUUUUCCUUGACCUAAGUUCAAGUAGAAGUGUUCCAUGCUGACACCUGCAAUCAAGGUUCAGGGCAUUUCUUAAACCUACAGAUGAUUAUUCUUCCUACUGUGUUAAAUGCACGGUAAUCCUUUGUCAGUGGGGACUUGGCCAACUGUGGCUUUGUGAUAAUGGGAUUUUAUAUUUAUAAACCAACAUGUUAAAAAUGUGUGUUAUUUUUAUAUAUGAGUUUUUCAGAUUAGUUCUCCUAAACAGCACAUGACAAUUGUUAUUCUGGUCCCCUGGAAACCAGAGUGGUUCUAUGGAAUAGUGUAGAAAAAAAAGAGAGCUGUUUACCUUACCCUUCAAUAUAGAAUUAGGAUACUACCUUCCACCUCUUGUGCCCUUAAGGCAGUGAUAAUUGAAAAACUUACCUGUUACACACAUUGGGAAAAUUGCAAAGGGAGAGGGAAGGUACAAUCCUAUGCUUACCCUACCCAACCAUGGGAGAUUAGUUUCUUCUCCAAACUUUAUAACGAGGUACAGGUUCUGUAAUGGAAAACAUGUGUGGUAAUUUCCUUCCUAGUGCUCAAUGCCACAGCAGUAUUUCCUGAACGUUCUUUUUUGGUUUUGUUUCAGUAGAUGCCUUCUUUUGUUUGUAUUGAAUAUGAGAUUCAGCUGAGAAUGUGUGUGUGUGCAGGCAGGGACCCCUAUUUGAUAAGACUUUUGGAUCUGUCAAAGACAUUCUUGUUAGCUAUUGUACUUUUUCAAGGUUGAUGGAGAAUGGCUACACAAACAUUACGUUAGCUUUGUGAAUCCAUUAUCCUUAAGGGAAGUGUAAGCCAUGCCCACUUCCAGUUUGUCAGCUAAGACAAAGUCAUUUUCUAUUCGCCCUCUCUUUUCUUGUUAGCCAGGCUGGGAUGCAGGAUUGGUGUUCUAUUCACAAGCGAGAAACUGAGGAACUACAAAUGGAAUUUGUUAAAAGAGCACAUACUGUGUACUGUGGGGGAGAAUCUUGUACAGAACUCGUAUGGAAACAAGACAGGGCAUUGCAGAGGUAACUCUUGCCACAGGGCGGGCGAGGGGGCUGACCCAAAGGCUCCUCCUUCCUCAAGUUUCUGGGAUUCAGAUUGAAGCUUAAAAUGACACUGGGUGAGAUUUAGCCAAGUUCUGCAUGUCGGAGAAGCAAGAGCCUCGACGAUUUUAUAGAUGGAUUAAAUAUCUCUCUGAACUCGAACAAGUCACAUAACAAUUACUAAUAGUUUAUAAAGCAACAGCCAUAGCCCAGGCACUGUGUUAGACUCUGGGGAGACAACUGUGAACACACAGAGAGGACCGCAGCCGUUAGGAGCUUAGCGUCUGCAGGGAAAGCAGACAUGAAGGAAGUCAUUCUGUGUUCACUGCUUAUCUCGAGCAGGGCCUUCUACAAGAGCUUCACUCCUGUUUAUCUUCACCAUGGCCUUAAGAGGAUCAAACUUGGGAGGUAGAGGUAUUAGUGAUUAGCCAGCAGUCAGAGAGCUGGUAAGUGGCAGAACCAGCUUAAGAACCCAGGUCUGGCUGUCUCUUGUAGCUCACACCCUCCUCUCAUCACUGUGCUCUUUUUUUUUUCUGUUGUUUAAUCACUGUAGACUUUGUCAUCUGUGACAUGGGUGGCCUUGCUGCUACAGGGAAUCUCUGAGAGAUGCCCACACAGGAGUACGCCUUGUUUUUGUCACAAUUCGCUCGUGUUUACUAUUGUUGCGACAAACAGCACAACAUGGAGAAGUAGUGAGUCCACGUAAGACAGCAGCCUCCGUUCUGCUCUGAGAACGUCCUCGCUAAUUAGGGGACUCACCGAAGAAGAGGAUGGAGUGGGUGCUAUUUGCGGUUGAGAGCAGGUGUUUCCAGAGAGCUGCAGUUGCUGGAGUGAGGGGGCAAAGUGGGUGGCUGUAGGGGUCCAGGGGCGAUGGCUCAGGAGUCUAAUUGUGAAGGCGCAGGGCAGAAUUGGGUCCUCAUAUUGCAAUAAGGGCUUUGCUCCUUUGUUAUGGGAGGAGUUAGGGAGAGGGAGAGAAUUCUUAUGAAAAGAUCAUGAUCAAGGAACGAAAAGACAUAAAUUUUUAUCUCAGCUCUACUUUGACGAGCUGUGUGACCUUGGAGAAAGUCCCAUUAACCUCCUGGGACCUCACUUCCCUCCUGUGUAAAAUUAGGAUGCCAAUCUCUGGUCUGCUUCCCACGCAGGGUUGAGGAGAGCAUCAAAAGAGAGAGAACAGAGGUAAAAACAAUCUGUAAAUGGGAAAGGGCUCCGUGCAUUUUGUUUUUCAUUCUUACUAUUUAGCAUUAGCGUUGUCAGUGGAUCAUUGACAUCGUUGGUGUCAUCAUUGUGUGUAUUAAUCGAGACAGCUACUGAGCUGGCUAGCCUGACUCCUGGAAGUCAUCGGUUUUGGAAAACUUCAUCUGCGUAUUUAUUAAAUAAACAUGCAGCGAGUGCCUCCGGUAUGCAAAGAACUGUGCUCCGUUUUGCAAGAUGAGUAAGACAGGGCCUCUGCCCUCAAGGAGUUUACAAGGGGAAAUGAGCAGAGGCCUUGGAUAACGGCGUUAUGUAAUGUGUCAGGAGCACAGAGCAAACAGAAUGCUAUGUUCACUUGUCAUAUUCUGCCAUGGUGAAUCUGCUACUUGGAAAGAGCUGGGAAAGUGCUCUCAGAGCAUCAUCUGCACCCAGCAGGAAGAGGAGUGGCCUGCCUGAGAUACCUCCAGAUGCCUAGCCCAGUGCUUCCUGCUGUCCAGUACAAGCUGCCUCCACCCUCCGCUGAGCUCAGGUACUCCUCACCUCACCAGAGCAUGGCAGGCUCUUCUGGGAGGCUCUGUUGGCCAAGCUAGAUGUCUGGCACGGCGGCGGACAUCUCCCUGGUGCACUGGAGACAGCAGUGGCUGGAGAACGGCACCCUGUACUUCCACGUCUCCAUGAGCAGCUCUGGGCAGCUGGCCCGGGCCACCGCCCCCACGCUCCAGGAGCCCUCGGAGAUUGUCGAAGAGCAGAUGCACAUCCUCCACGUCUCUGUGAUGGGCGGCCUCAUCGCGCUGCUGCUGCUGCUGCUGGUGUUCACCGUGGCGCUCUAUGCCCAGCGGCGCUGGCAGAAGCGCCGCCGCGUCCCCCAGAAGAGCGCGAGCACGGAAGCCACCCACGAGAUCCACUACAUCCCGUCCGUGCUGCUGGGGCCCCAGGCCCGGGAGAGCUUCCGCUCCUCCCGGCUGCAAGCCCACAACUCCGUCAUCGGAGUGCCCAUCCGGGAGACCCCCAUCCUGGAUGACUACGACUGCGAGGAGGACGAGGAGCCCCCCCGGCGGCCCAACCACGCCUCCCGCGACGACGAGUUCGGCAGCCAGGUGGCCCACGCCCUGGACAGCCUGGGGCGGCCAGGGGAAGAGAAGGCGAACUUCGAGAAGAAAGCAGCAGCUGAGGCGACGCAGGAGACAGUGGAGUCCCUGAUGCAGAAGUUCAAGGAGAGUUUCCGCGCUAACACGCCCAUCGAAAUCGGUCAGCUGCAGCCAGCCCCGCGCAGUGCGUCGGCAGGGAAGCGGAAGCGGAGGAGCAAGUCUCGAGGGGGGAUCAGCUUUGGGAGAGCCAAGGGGACGUCGGGCUCGGAGGCGGACGACGAGAGGCAGCUGACGUUCUACACCGAGCAGUACCGAAGUCGCCGCCGCAGCAAAGGUUUGCUGAAAAGCCCAAUGAACAAGACAGCUCUGACGCUGAUUGCUGUGAACUCCUGCAUCCUGGCCAUGGUGUGUGGCAGCCAGAUGUCCUGUCCACUCACUGUGAAGGUGACGCUGCAUGUACCUGAGCACUUCAUUGCAGACGGGAGCAGCUUCGUGGUGAGCGAGGGGAGCUACCUGGACAUCUCCGACUGGUUAAACCCAGCCAAGCUGUCCCUGUAUUACCAGAUCAACGCCACCUCCCCGUGGGUGCGGGACCUCUGUGGGCAGAGGACGACAGACGCCUGCGAGCAGCUCUGUGACCCAGAGACUGGAGAAUGCAGCUGUCAUGAAGGCUACGCCCCUGACCCCGUUCACAGACACCUGUGUGUGCGUAGUGACUGGGGACAGAGUGAAGGACCUUGGCCUUACACGACACUCGAGAGGGGCUAUGAUCUGGUGACGGGCGAGCAAGCCCCUGAAAAGAUUCUCAGGUCUACUUUCAGCUUGGGCCAAGGCCUCUGGCUUCCCGUCAGCAAAAGCUUUGUGGUCCCGCCUGUGGAGCUGUCCAUCAACCCCCUGGCCAGCUGCAAGACCGACGUGCUCGUCACGGAAGACCCUGCAGAUGUCAGGGAAGAAGCGAUGCUGUCCACAUACUUUGAAACCAUCAAUGACCUGCUGUCCUCUUUUGGGCCAGUUCGUGACUGCUCUCGGAACAAUGGGGGCUGCACACGCAACUUCAAGUGUGUCUCUGACCGUCAGGUGGACUCCUCAGGAUGUGUGUGCCCCGAGGAGCUGAAGCCCAUGAAGGAUGGCUCCGGCUGCUACGACCACUCCAAAGGCAUCGACUGCUCUGAUGGCUUUAACGGCGGCUGUGAGCAGCUGUGCCUGCAGCAGACGCUGCCUUUGCCCUACGAUGCCACCUCCAGCACCAUCUUCAUGUUCUGCGGUUGUGUGGAGGAGUACAAGCUGGCUCCUGAUGGGAAAUCCUGCCUGAUGCUCUCAGAUGUCUGUGAGGGCCCCAAGUGCCUCAAACCUGACUCCAAAUUCAACGACACCCUCUUUGGAGAGAUGCUGCAUGGUUACAACAACCGGACCCAGCAUGUGAACCAAGGCCAGGUCUUCCAGAUGACCUUUAGGGAGAACAACUUCAUCAAGGACUUCCCCCAGCUGGCCGACGGGCUGUUGGUGAUCCCGCUGCCGGUGGAGGAGCAGUGCCGGGGGGUCCUCUCCGAGCCCCUCCCGGACCUCCAGUUGCUCACGGGAGACAUCAGGUACGACGAGGCCAUGGGCUACCCCAUGGUGCAGCAGUGGCGGGUCCGGAGCAACCUCUACCGGGUGAAGCUCAGCACCAUCACGCUCUCAGCAGGCUUCACCAACGUCCUCAAGAUCCUGACCAAGGAGAGCAGUCGGGAGGAGCUGCUGUCCUUCAUCCAGCACUACGGCUCCCACUACAUCGCGGAGGCCCUCUACGGCUCUGAGCUCACCUGCAUCAUCCACUUCCCCAGCAAAAAGGUGCAGCAGCAGCUGUGGCUCCAGUAUCAGAAAGAGACCACAGAGCUGGGCAGCAAGAAGGAGCUCAAGUCCAUGCCCUUCAUCACCUACCUCUCAGGUCUGCUGACAGCCCAGAUGCUGUCAGAUGACCAGCUCAUCUCAGGUGUGGAGAUCCGCUGUGAGGAGAAGGGCCGCUGUCCGUCCACCUGCCACCUGUGCCGCCGGCCAGGCAAGGAGCAGCUGAGCCCCACACCAGUGCUGCUGGAAAUCAACCGCGUGGUGCCGCUUUAUACCCUCAUCCAAGACAAUGGCACGAAGGAGGCCUUCAAGAGUGCCCUGAUGAGUUCCUACUGGUGCUCGGGGAAAGGGGAUGUGAUCGAUGACUGGUGCAGGUGUGACCUCAGCGCCUUUGAUGCCAGUGGGCUCCCCAGCUGCAGCCCUCUUCCCCAGCCUGUACUGCGGCUGUCUCCAACAGUGGAACCCUCCAGUACCGUGGUCUCCUUGGAGUGGGUAGACGUUCAGCCAGCUAUUGGGACCAAGGUCUCCGACUAUAUUCUGCAGCAUAAAAAGGUGGAUGAAUACACAGACACUGACCUGUACACAGGAGAAUUCCUGAGUUUUGCUGAUGACUUACUCUCUGGCCUGGGCACAUCUUGCGUAGCAGCUGGUCGAAGCCAUGGAGAGGUCCCUGAAGUCAGUAUCUACUCAGUCAUCUUCAAGUGUCUGGAGCCCGACGGUCUCUACAAGUUCACUCUGUAUGCUGUGGAUACGCGGGGGAGGCACUCAGAGCUCAGCACGGUGACCCUGAGGACAGCCUGUCCGCUGGUGGAUGACAACAAGGCAGAAGAAAUAGCUGACAAGAUCUACAACCUGUACAAUGGGUACACGAGUGGAAAGGAGCAGCAGACAGCCUACAACACGCUGAUGGAGGUCUCAGCCUCGAUGCUCUUCCGAGUCCAGCAUCACUACAACUCCCACUACGAGAAGUUUGGCGACUUUGUCUGGAGGAGUGAGGACGAGCUGGGGCCCAGGAAGGCCCACCUGAUCCUGCGGCGGCUGGAGAGGGUGAGCAGCCACUGCUCCAGCCUCCUGCGAAGCGCCUACAUCCAGAGCCGCGUGGACACGGUGCCCUAUCUUUUCUGCCGCAGCGAGGAGGUGCGGCCCGCAGGCAUGGUGUGGUACAGCAUCCUCAAGGACACCAAAAUCACAUGUGAGGAGAAGAUGGUGUCCAUGGCCCGAAACACGUACGGGGAGUCCAAGGGCCGGUGAGGGAGGGUGCUGCCCUCCGUGAGCACAGAGACUCUCCGUGGGAGGGGAGCAGUCUUCUCGUGGAUCCUGGGGCCUGGGUGGGCUGGGGGACAGCUGAGGAUGGGCCUGGCAGACGCAGCUUGCCAGCAAGGCCAAAGCAAACUGUUUCUCCUGCGGAUAGCGGACUGAGAACUUUGUAACCAAGGGAAUUAUUCGCUUUUCUCUAUCUUUUAUUUUUUUUCUAAGAUAUUAUUUGAGUCUAUGAAAAGUCCCUCCUUUUUAAACCUUUUCUUAUGGAUGGCAGUCAGUCCUGAGGCAGGAGCUUUCGGGCGGAGACCAAGCGGCCUUUCCUCUUCUUCCUCCCUCCUGCCACUCUCAGCUUGCUUCCUGCCCUGGACCCCUGGAGAAGACCUGUGGAGAGACAGCUUUACCUCUUCAGCUUCAGGAAGGAAGCCCUGGGGAUUGUCGCAGUGAGGAAGCUUGGGUCUUUAAGGACUUCUCUUUUAUUUUUCUCCCCAGGCGUUAUUGAGUUUGCAGGACCCCUGCCUCUUCCUGCUACCUAGGGGUCUGCCCAGAGUCCCUGCAGGACUUUCCAUGCAUUAAAAAUUCCUAUUGUCUCUCUUC